AAAAAAAGAUAAACAAGAAAAGAAAUGAUCGCUGUCCCCGUCGCCGGCGACAUCCCGGCCGGUGCGUCGCCUUCGCCUGCUCCGGCGGAGGAGGACUCUCCAUCGUACGGCUCUGUGGUCCUCGGGGGCACCUUCGACCGCCUCCACGACGGCCACCGUCGCCUCCUCAAGGCGUCGGCAGAUUUGGCGAGGGAUCGGAUCGUGGUGGGCGUCUGCACGGGACCCAUGCUUGCCAAGAAGGAGUUCGCUGAGCUUAUCGAACCCGUGGAGAAGCGCAUCAAGGCCGUGGAGGAUUACAUCAAGUCUAUUAAACCAGAACUGAUAGUACAAGUGGAGCCUAUUGAGGAUCCAUAUGGCCCAUCAAUUAUUGAUGAUAGAUUGGAUGCCAUUAUUGUCAGUAAGGAGACAAUAAAUGGUGGAGUUGCUGUAAAUCAGAAAAGAGAAGAGAAAGAACUACCGCUAUUGAAGGUUGAGGUUGUUGAUCUUUUAUCUGGAGAUACAGAUGGCGAAAAAUUGAGUUCAUCUGCUUUAAGGAAGCUCGAGGCAGAGCAAGGUCACAAACAGAAAGCAACAAUAGCUAAUCAGGAAGGUGUUUAGAGAGGAGAACAAACUGGAAGCCCUGUUAGGUGCAUACACAAAUGUGAAGUGGUCUGCCUGAAGCUUGUUAUGAACAAAAAGUAAUCAGAAAUAGCAUUGUGGUUACCUUUUUGAACGAGUGGUCUUCAAACAUCGGCCUAUGGUCCUGUAACAGUAUAUUACUCUAAUCUGGAGGCAUAACCUUAUGAACUGAAUGUUGGUAAGCUGGACUAAUCAAAUGUACACAUAUUUUGUCCUGGCAUUGCCAUCUGAAUGUAAAGUCACCUUCAGGUCGUUUGGAAUAAUGGAACAACUUAAAAUUAAUGGUAUCUCUUAUGUGACA